UUCUCAGAUACAAAUGUCGCCCUCCAAGGUCGAGCAACUCAAUCUUCAAUUUUACGAAGCUCAAGCAGCGGCUAUCAGUCAGCAGCAAUAAACGCCAUAGAUGGGAACCAAGACUCUGACUUUUCCCAUGGAUCCUGCUCACAUACACAUAAUGACCCGUCUCCUUGGUGGAGGGUGGACCUGCUGACACCUCACAUAAUCAGUCAUAUCAACAUCACUAGCAGAGGAGACUGCUGUGCUGAAAGACUGAAUGGUGCUGAAAUUCUUAUUGGAAACUCUCUGUCCAACAGUGGAAACAAUAAUCCCAGGUGUGGAGUGGUGAUCUCAAUCCCAGCUGGAGGAACAGAGACCUUCGUGUGUAGCGGCAUGGUUGGCCGAUACGUCAAUGUCAUUUUACGUGGAAAAUCAGAAUAUCUUCAUCUGUGUGAAGUUCAGGUCUUUGAACAUUACUUAGAAAAUGAAGUCUAA